AUGGAUUAUGAGACGAAGAUCUUCCCUCACAUCGGCGGCUAUGGACGCUACAACCGAGUCGCGGUCGCCUUCAGCUGGUUCCCCAACUUCGCGGUGAUGCUGAAUCUAUUUAGCGACGUUUUUUACACCGUAGUGCCGGACUCCUACCACUGCAAACCCGACCCGCAGCUUCUGCCCUCCGCCUUCCUCCUGAGCAACUUCUCCAGACAGGGAUACCUCAACCUCACCAUCCCCUGGGUGAACGGCUCCGGGCUCAGCCACUGUGAGUUGUUCAAGUACCCAACCAAUGCGUCCGAGCUUUCCGAGAAGGUCUCCAGGAAGAGGGUGUCCUGCACCUUGGGGUGGGAGUACGCCGAUGUAGCAGGGCUCCAGAGCAACUUUGUCACCGAGUGGAACCUGGUUUGCAGUGACUUCUGGAAAAUCCCUUUGCAGCAUAUCUGCUUCAUGACUGGAUGGAUUUUGGGAUACAUCCUUCUUGGUACACUAUGCGACUGGCUGGGUCGUCGGAGAUGUUUCCUCCUGUCCAUCAGUCUGUCCAGUCUGUUAGGGGUGGCCGUAUGUUUAUCCAACAGUGUGGUGGUAUUUCUGCUGCUGCGUCUCUCUCAGGGCGCCAUGCUCGCUGGGGUGUUCUUAUCCUCGUACAUUGCCAGGUUGGAGCUCUGUGAUCCUCCCCAUCGUCUCAUGGUUGCCAUGAUCAGCGGCUUCUUUGCCAUCUUCGCAGAGCUGCUGUUGCCGGGCAUCGCUGUUCUGUGCCGGGACUGGCCUGUUCUCCAGGCUGUGGCAACUUUGCCUCUGCUCCUGCUGCUUUCCUAUUGGUGCUGUGCGUCAGUGUUUCCUGAGUCUCCUCGCUGGCUGCUAGCCACAGCUCAGAUCCUCCAGGUGAAGAGGAGCCUCCAGGAAUUCUCCACCAGGAAUGGUGUUUGCCUUCACGAUGAAAUCUACCCUGGUGAAACCCUGCUGUCAGAGAUAGAUUCAGCAUACGGAGAAGACUGCCGGGCAAAGUACUUUUCAUUUCUGGAGCUGCGUCGGACUCGUGUAAUCUGGAAAAACUGCCUCAUCUUGAGCUUCACAUUGUUCAUUGGAACAGGCAUCCAGUACUGUUUCACCAGAAACCUGCACAUUUAUUCCUCCAACUUCUACUUUGGCUACUUCCUGCGAGUGGUAACCGGAGCUCUGGCCUGCAUCUUCAUCUGCUUGACUGUCAAUCACUUUGGUCGGCGUGGUAUGCUUCUGCUCUCUGCCAUCAUCACUGGACUGUCAUCGCUGCUGCUGCUGGCCCUCACUCAGUAUCUGCACGGAGGCCUGGUGUUGGUGCUCUCUUUAGUUGGUCUGCUGUUCUCUCAAGCUCUCGCCAUGCUCAGUGUCUUCUUUGCCUGUGAAGUGAUGCCAACUGUGGUUCGAGGUGGUUGCCUUGGCCUGGUGCUGGCAGCUGGUUGUGUUGGCAUGGCCGCCUCGUCCUUGAUGGAGCUCCAGAAUAACGGUGGCUACUUUCUCCACCAUGUUGUCUUCGCCUCCUUCGCUGUCCUCUCUGUCCUCUGCAUAAUGCUCCUUCCUGAAAGCAAACGCAAGCCGCUCCCAGACUCCCUGAAGGAUGGCGAGAACCAACGGCGGCCUCCUCUCUUCCUGUCCCGGCCUGACAGGGACAACCUGCCGUUACUCUGCGCCCGGCCACCUUUAUCAGAGUACAAUCCCGAUAACUACUCCCGUUUGGUCUCUGCGACCAGGAAGAUGUUGACUAAAGAUACUUUGCCUUAUAGGAUCGCUGUACCGACUCAUUCCCCUCUGCUGUCAGACAGUGAAACACAUGAGACACUGAGAGAGGCCAUAUCCUAACU